CGUAACGAGGCAGAGCGAUUAUGCCACUUUAAACAUUCAUCUUUCUAUUUAAUUCUCACGAUCUUUUCACAAUCAAGUGUCUCUUUUAUCUAUCAAUUCAUUCAUACAAUAUACAGCCACCCAAUUAUCACAAUGUCAUCCAAGUCCUUCUACGCUCUCAUCGCUGGCGUUGGCCCUGGCACUGGUCGUUCCGUCGCCCUGCGGUUCGCUCAGAAAUACCCAGUCGUAUUGCUUGCUCGCCGACCUGAGAGUUAUGAGAGUACUCUUGCGGAUGUCCAGAAAGCGGGCGGCAAGGCAAUCGGAGUCUCCGCUGAUGUAGGCGACGCUGUGUCUUUGAAGAAGGCUUUCGAGACUAUCAACAAGGAAUUACCAGAUAGUCAACUCGCAGCCGCCAUCUACAACGUUGGAAGCGGCGGCUUUGCUAAGAAGCCGUUCUUGGAGCUCACAGAGAAUGACCUGAAUGCCAGCAUUGAUGGAUCCAUCCGAGCAUUCUUCAAUUUUGCGCAAGCAAGUAUCCCUCAUCUUCUUGAAGCAGUACCGAAUUCUCACUACCCUCCUACUCUAAUCCUCACGGGCGCCACAGCUUCCAUUAAGGGGUCCGCGCAGUUCAGCACCUUUGCAGCUGGGAAAUGGGGCCAACGCGCGAUGCAUCAGUCUCUUGCACGUGAAUUCGGUCCAAAGGGUGUCCAUAUAGCUCAUGCUGUGAUUGACGGAGUGAUAAAUAUCCCUCGCACAAAAGACUGGGCUGCUAAUGACGGUGUCGAGGAUGGAAAGAUUAGCCCUGAUGCGAUUGCUGAGGCUUAUUGGAAUCUUCAUACCCAACAUCGCUCUGCAUUUACACAGGAGAUCGAUAUCCGACCAUACGUUGAGAAGUGGUAGAAAUUAUGUCGGCAAUCUCAAUAAUAGUCAUUAUUAGCCAAGAAAAACUUCCAUAUGGUCGGGAAAUGUGCUUCGCAAAGGCCCAUAACAUAGCUUUAUCAAUGUUUUCGGAAUUGAAAUGAAUAGAAAUUUCUAAUUUCCUCCAUACUUCUUCGAUG